CGCCGGACCUGGAAGCUGAAUUGGCUUUCUGAUGAACCAGUACAGGUCAAGCAGUGGCCACUCAAUAAGCAAAAAUUAAAGGCGCUCAACGAGCUCGUUCAGGAGCAGCUACUGAAAGGCAACCUGGAGGAGACCAUGUCACCUUGGAACUCCCCAGUGUUUGUCAUCAAGAAGCCCAACAAGGAUAAGUGGCGACUCCUGACUGACCUCCGAAAAAUUAAUGAAUUAAUAGUUGACAUGGGUCCUCUUCAGCCAGGGAUGCCCUCCCCAGCAAUGCUCCCCCAAAAUUGGAUUUUGGCUGUAAUUGAUAUAAAGGAUUGCUUCUUCCAAAUUCCCCUUCACCCUGACGAUGCUCUGUGCUUUGCGUUCACAGUUCCGUCCGUGAACUGUGAGUCCCCAGCCAAGCGCUAUCAUUGGCGGGUGCUUCCACAGGGCAUGAAGAACAGCCCUGUGAUCUGCCAAUGGUAUGUCGCUUCGCUGCUGUCACCCAUCCGUACAGCCCUCGGGGAUGCCGUCAUUGUUCACCAUUAUAUGGACGACAUCCUCCUUGAGAAGCCCCAGGUCAGCCCCAGUGACUGCCUCUGCUCCAGGCAAACACCUUCUCUCCCUUUCCCGACCUUGCCUGUGCUUGUGGAGGAGAGCAUUUGGCAGCAGCACAGCACUGUCAGAAGCUUGCUUAUGAGUGCCCUCUGUGCCUUUCCUGGGAGCAGCAGGAGCUGGGACAGGAACAGAUUUCACCCUCACUGGCACAGCGUGUCCAACCUGGCGGCCUGCUCUCCCCUGACCUACUUCAGCAACAAUGGGCACUUGAACUCACCAAGGCUGGGUGCUGCAUUCUCUGCUAGCCAAGCAGAAGAGUUGGCUUACUAGUGCAGGCACAUGUUAAAUUGAGAAAAUACAUGAGCAUCAGGCAACAUCUUUCCUGGUUAUGUCGUUGAGGACGCUCCUGGUUGACACGAGACACGCACAGCUGUCACUUGCACUGACACCCAGCAAUUGGUGGAAGAUGCCACAAGCCAGGCCAGCCCUGGUGAGGCUGAAUUGCCUUCUCUCAACACGACUUGGGGCAAAGGCUUUCCCUCUCUGCAGCUUCACCUGCUGCUUGCCUCCUGACCACCAAAAACCCUCCUGCACAACCCUUGUGCUCUCUGCUGAAGUACCUCAUUGGGAAAAUACUAAUAUGUGUGUCAGUGGAGGUCCUCACUUCUUCUCUGGUUUAUUUUCUAGAGGGUUUGAUUUUCUUUUUUACCACUACUGGUAAUUUUAUGUUUAUAGUGUUUUUAUGGCCUUGGUGAUGUAUCAUUUCACUGUGACCUCACAGCAAGCCCAUGUGUGCUUUUCCCCCACGUGAUUAAUUAUUUUAAUAGAGGCAAGAGAAAGAAAAUGGGGAAUUUGUGGAUAGUGGUUUUCCUUGCUUGGUGUAGGGAAGCAUUUCAUUGUGGGUCAUUAAGAUUCGCUGUAGCAUAACUCAGUAAUAAUGUGGAAAAAGAAGUCAUGUGCUUGUGGGUUGUGUGAACUGAAAUUACAAGCCAUGUCCAAACCUCUGAGUCACCUCUGCUGCUUCCCAACACAGCUGAGUCCAGGCAGGAAGCACUGAAUGAGCAAACACAGUGCUUAAAACCAUCUAUCCCAGACCUCUCGCUGGGUGCUUGUUGAAAAACUAUCCAUGAGCAAUUUUAAAAGGAUAGAUUUAAUGAGUGGGCAGAGAAAGGCAAUAUUACCCUCCCCAACUAGCACUAAUUGACCCUGGAUGCCUGCUUCAUAUAGCAUGGCUAGGCAGUAAAUAGUAAUAGUGAUGGUAAAUAAUGCUAUCAGUGUGGAAACUGGUCAUUAGUUGUAAAACAAAAUACCACAGAAUCCACACUCCAGGGGUCCCAUCAUUUGUUUUCACAGUACUUCCUAAAGGAAACUGAAAUCUUAUAGAACAAAAAACUGGCAUUACUCUGGAAAGGAAACGAAGAUUUACUUUAAAAUAAAUUUUAAAACCCCAAACAAAACAGACACCAGAAUGGAGAUUUGAUGCACAAUGUUUUUAGGGAAUUUAUUACUGUCCCUUCUAUUUCUGACCUGCAAAGUUUGUAUACUUGAUAUAUGGCCAAACUACAGAGCUUUCCUCCAGUUUGGACUCCAGCAACCACUUUUCUGGCCAUUUGCACUCUGUCAGUAGCCAGUCUGGUGUCCUCCAUGCCUAGACUCAUGGUCACAAAUCCAUCCCACCAUUACUCUCAUAUGGAGCAGAUCUAUUUGUUGUAAUCAAAUGUAUUCUUUCAGUUCUUCUAGUGGAAAAGUGUGAGCACCUAAAAAAUCUGUGUGGGGAAUGGAAGGAAAUUUCUUUGCAUGCUGCAGUGCACUGGAAAAGUUUACAAACUUCAGGGUUGCAGUUGGAAACAACAGCAAGAUUGUAAGUCAGCUGAGUAACAAAGAAUGGAUGGAAAAAGAAUACUCUGGGAUAGUGACCUGCAAAGUCAAUGCUUUUCAUGUAUUCAGAGACCUAUGAAGCAUCAAGCACAGAUCAGGAGUAGGAGUAAAAUGGCAGAGAGGGAUGGAUGUGGACAUCUUAGUCUGUGACAGGAAGGAAGCUCCAACACGCUAUCAGAAAACCUGGCUGAAGGGUGGUCACCAGACAUCGAAGAGAGACUGGCUCCUGUUUUCAGCUCAGGUUUUAUAGUACACUGAAGUCCAGUAAAUAUCUAAUUUUAAAUCAGUGGAGGCAAGGCUGAAUGCACAGAAACAUCCUCCUACUAAACAACAUCUCUGUUGAGUAUUGUCAUCUUGGAUAUGAAAUUCAGCUGCUAUAUCCAUACCAGAUCUGUUAAAUAUCUAGAAAUUAUUCAUCUGUGAUAACUAAUGAGGAAAAUAAGAUAAUUAAUUUCAGUGUUUCUUGCAACAGGGAAGCUGUCUGGCAAAAUAUGCCAGACAAAACAUCCUUACAAAACCAUGUCAUUAAUUUAGAUGUUUAGAUCAUUCACAAUCCUAACCAUGAAUAAAAAGGAGAAAUUAAAUGACAAUCUUUAAUUGUCUGUAUAAUUCUUCUUAAUGAGUACAUUCUGGAGUACCGUAAUGGUGGUGUAGGUUUAUGAAACAGAGAUUUGUCUUCCCUUAAUAAGAAAGAAGGAAGCAAUAUUGCAGUACUGGUUAAUUAUUGGAUACCCUUUCACUGUGAAUUAAAGGUCUAUGCACAUGCAAGCUUGGAAGUAAAAAGUACAUAUGUACUUGAAAGUACAUAUGUUAUCAGAAAGCUGAGAAGGUUAGGGGAAAAGGGCAGGAACUGAUGGAAAAUAAGUGAUAUGAAAAGCAAUAGAGAUAACUGUGGUAACAGUAGAUCCAUUAAAGAAUGUAUCAUACAAGAGUCACAAAGGUAAUGGGAUGGUUCACCUGCUUAAAAAUAAACAUGCAGAAGUGUUUGCUGGCUCAGGACAGAAUGCUUAGGUCAGGCAGAGCCAAAUCCAUGGUCAGUGGAGAUGGAAGAACCUCAGUCAGUGCCAUCCUUCAACUCUGUACAUAAACAGAGAUAAAGUAAGCUUGGGAGCUGAAAGUUAAAACGUUGUGAGAUAUCAAUGAGUCUUUUUCCUCCAGUUUGUACAGCUGUAGGCCACCACCUUGCCAAAGCUCUUCAGCCACGGCUGAAUUCAGGCAUGAGAGAGUUGUAUCCAAUUCAAGUUCUCACCUGUGUGAGAACUUGCACUUUGUGCAUGUCUCCACAAAGAACCCAGCCAUGGCUUUUCAUGCUGCCUCUUGGCUGAGAAGGAUUUCUCCCCAUGUAUCUGCACACUUGCACUUACUGCUCCUUCAGAUCCUGCAUUGCAGCAAGUCAGAGACAGGCUGGGCAGCUGCUGAGCCCAUUGCUAAUUGCAUUCAUCUCUAGGGUUCACUGCUAAAGUGUCCUCACCCUUUUGUCUCUUACGGUAAACUUGGACAGAAGCUCUUCAGGAUUAGAGCUCCUUGAGGCUCAGAUGCACAAAGAGCAAGUUCUUUGUUAAUCUUGAGCCUAGGUGAAUCAGUGUGAGGUGAAUCAGUGAAGAAUCAUGGUCAGUUUGCUCCCAGGUGUGCUUGAGGUGAUGUUUUAAAUUUAAGCAUACUUCUUAGCUACAUAUCUUGGACAUAUAACCUGGGGCACUGGCUCGGUGGUCUGCCCACACCAGCUUUUGCUCAGCUCUUGAUGGCAAACCCAAUGGAUUGAUUGUGAAGGGGCUUCAGGACAGCCAUAAUGCUCAAGGGAUCAAGGGUGCAAUGUCUCCAGUGGGAUCUGUGCUGCCCAGUGCAUGUCAGUGUCCUCAGUGCUGGCAGCUGCAUGGUGACACAGUCACAUCCUCCUCAUCACUGCUGAUUUAUGACUCCUUAGGGAGGGUGAGGGCAGUCUCCCUAAGGAGCAGAAAAUCAGUAGGCAGACGUAUGGGCCAGAUGAGACCAUGCAGGAGGUGGGGAAUAAGGGGGAGGCAUCCUUGACAAGACCAUCGUGAAGGUCAGCACACUGUUUAAAGAUGGUACUGCAGCUUUGUGACACUAAAGCUCACAGCUGGUUCCAGGCUGUGGCACUGAGCCUGGCAGAAGAGAUUUUUUUAAACUUAGUCUCUUCCAAGCCGUGCAAUGUUCUACGCUUGCUUGAGGCUUUGCUUGUAAAGCUACCUGUCCUGGGUUGACUAUAUGAUGCUUUUAUCCCCAAUCGUCUCAUUCUGUUUA